AUGGCGCCGAAUAAAGAUUGGAUGGACCUAGUAGAUGAUGAUAGACUUGAUCCAAAAUAUAAAGAAGGGGUUGAUCAGUUUUUAGACUAUGCAUAUGAGAAGCUGUUGGAUAGUUUUAAUGAAAAGGAUGAAGACUUUGAAAUUCGAUGUCCAUGUGUUAAAUGCAGCAAUGUGAAGUCUGGUAAUCGUGAGUCGGUAAAGACCCACUUGAUUGUUCAUGGAAUUAUUAAAAACUACAGAUUUUGGUGUCAUCACGGUGAAAGACAUGGUGAGUCCAUAUCAGAAUUUGAUGAAGAACAAGAAGAAAUGACAGAAGAAAGCCAGAGUGACGAUGAAAUGCAAGAAAUGAUUGGAGAUUUAUUUCAUAAUUCAACUGGCGUUGUUGCACCUGAUGCCACGUCGAGUCAGGAUAUUCUUGAGCAGGAACCAGAUGGACAUGCAAAACAAUUCUACAGUCUUUUAGGUGACUCCGAGAAACCUUUGUAUGAAGGCUCUAAAUGUUCAAAGUUAUCUGCUUUAGUGAAACUACUUCACAUAAAGAGCCUAAAUAGGUGGAGUAAUAAAUCAUUCUCAAUGUUGCUCCAGUUUUUGAAUGAGGAGCUAUUGCCAGGGGAAUCAACACUGCCUAAUUCGUAUGACGAGGCCAAAAAAUUAAUCCGAGACCUUGGCCUAUCAUAUGAAAAAAUUGAUUCGUGUCCAUUCUCUUGCAUGCUGUUUUGGAAAAAUGAAGAAGGUCUUGAUACGUGUCAGAGAUGUGGUGCUUCUAGAUGGAAACUUGAUAAACAUGGAAAAGAGAUCAAGCGAAAGGCAAAUGGUAAAAAAAUACCUCAAAAGACAUUGCGAUACUUUCCUCUUAAGCCACGAUUGCAAAGGCUUUACAUGUCUUCGAAGACAGCUUCUGAUAUGAGAUGUCACCAUGAAAGACAAGUUGGGGACGGAGUGAUGAGGCAUCCAGCUGACUCUAAGGCUUGGAAAAACUUUAAUGAGCUACAUGAAAGCUUUGCCGAAGAGCCCCGAAAUGUUAGACUCGGUCUUGCAAGUGAUGGUUUCCAGCCUUUCACAAAUUCAAAAGUUUCUUAUAGCAUAUGGCCUGUUUUUUUUGUAGAGCCCCGAAAUGUUAGGCUCGGUCUUGCAAGUGAUGGUUUCCAGCCUUUCACAAAUUCAAAAGUUUCUUAUAGCAUAUGGCCCGUUUUACUUGUACCAUAUAACUUACCACCAUGGAUGUGCAUGAAGCAAUCUAAUUUUAUUUUAUCUAUGCUCAUUCCUGGUCCAACUGGUCCUGGAGAUGCUAUUGACACCUACUUACAACCAUUGAUAGAAGAACUAAAGGAGUUGUGGGCCUCAGGCGUUUGA